AUGCUGCAAGUGGGUGAGGAACGUGCAGUUAAAGUGCUUCCUGAUGUUGAUCCUUCGCUCUUCCGCUGGGUGGAGGGCAACGCUGAGCAUUUGGACUUUGAGGACAACUCUUUUGACGAAGCUUACCGUGUACUCAAGCCUGGAGGCCGCUUCAUGUGCAUGGAGUUCAGUCAAGUGCCCAACCCAUUGAUCCGCCAAUUCUACGACGCUUACUCGUUCAACGUGAUCCCGCUGUUGGGCGAGAAGGUGGCGAACGACCGUCCGUCGUACCAGUAUUUGGUCGAGAGUAUCCGUCAGUUCCCGCCCCAGGAGAAGUUUAAAUCCAUGAUCGAAGACGCCGGAUUCAAGCGCGUGACCUACACCAACUUCACGUUCGGAGUGACUGCCAUGCACUCGGGCUUCAAGUUCUAA